CAUAUUUGUACGGGACAACUAACAACGACAUCAACGUUUAGGCGACGGUUCAGGUUACGACCCUUGAUGGCAUAAUAAUCUGAGAAAGCCACACUGAUAAGGAAAACGGGUAUUUAAUUGAGAUACACCAUAUUCUUAGCUCUUUCGGUAAAGUCACGUUGAAGGGAAACAAUUGGGUUUUGACUGUAGUGACGUCAUCGGAACGACACGCUCGGUCACGUGACGGGUUGUAGGCGGCGGCUUCCCUUACUCAAGAUGGCCGCCGUUAACUUGCGCUCCAACAAUGUUUUUUUUCUAAGUAUUAAACUCUUCUAGAAGUCACAGAAUAAUAAUAGGUUCUUUUAUUGAAAUGGGGAAGCAUUUUCAGUUUCGCGAUAAAAAAAUAAAUAAAUUGCUGAAAGUUAUUAAAUAUUUAACAACAGCGCUUUGGAUUGGUUCCCCGCCAGCAAUUGACACCGCGUCCCCAUUGCAGGGUUUGAAAAGAGCAGUUGGCCAAUGGCAGGCGGCGUUACACGGCGGUGGCGGGGUGUUCGAGUUGCAGGGGUAGGUGAAUGGGGUCGAUUAUUAUAAAUCAUCAUCGUUAUUAAUCACAGAAGGAGGCUGUGGUCGAAGGCUUCUUCACGUGGUGGGGGGCCUUUGUCUUGUGAGUCGGUGUCGUCGAGGCGGCCACUCGGGGGUACAGGAGGAGGAGGGGAAGGGGAAGAAGGCGGAGAGCGAUGAGACGACAUGGUGCUGCGUGCCAUCGAGAUUCUUCUCGACUACUUCGCUGAAGACGCCGACGAGCAGUGCAGCGUGGGUUUCGUCACCAGCGGGGGAAGCUCGCGGAGUCUCAUCCGAAGAAUCGGCUCCAAGAUCCAGGAUGCUCCGUUCCUUUCCUUUGUAUUCAGCGUUUUGCAGGGGAGGCCGUAUGGGAGGAGACGGAGCGUGGUGCGCUGGAUCGCAUCGCACUUGCCCAUCCCACGCUGGCUCUCCCCGCACCUGCAGUUGCUGGCAGGAGAACAUCCCGGAGCUCCGUCCCGUGAAGAGAGCCCAAGUGUGCCGAGCUUCGCCGAAGUGAUAUACUUCCCCAUCGUGGAGGGGGUGGCCAACCGCUGCUGCAGCCGGGCGGAACUCCGCCUCAACGCCGGCACUUCGUCGCCGCGCUCCGACACGUGCGGCAUGCGGGAGCUGCCGGGAAGCGCGAGUCUCUGGGAGCGGAGGGACGGGACCGGCGAUGGUGAUGGAGGAGGAGCAGCAGCAGGAGCAGCAGCAGCAGGAGGAGCAGCAGCAGGAGGAGCAGCAGGAGGAGCAGCAGGAGGAGCAGACGCCCUUGUGAAGAUCGCGACGCUGGAAGCCGAGUUGGCGCGUUUGCGAGCACAAAUCGCCGCCAUCGUCACGGCCCAACCCGGAGCUGGGGGGACAGAUGCCACACAGGUUGCACCGGGCCCCACCGCCCCUCCUCCUCCACCCCCGCCUCUGCCCCCACCCCCGUCGGCCUGCUCCAUCCUCGAGGGUGGGGCCGGCGCCCUGCGGCUGAUUCGCCGGCGCCGUGAGCAGCGUGUGCACGCAGCAGGAGGUCGAGGGGGGGGAGCCGAUGGCACCGGCAGCGAGAGCCAGGCAGGAGCCGCGGUGGGCAAGAAGGCCGUGCCCGACAUGAUGGACGUGCUGAGGAACCUGGGAAAGGUGAAGCUGCGCGUGGUGGAGAGGUCCCCGGGUGGGCGUCCCGUCCACUGGCCGUUGCGAGCCUGCAUCACCCCGCCGUCCGACCCGGCCGCCCUCAUUGCGCAGGCCCUGCGCAGGAAGUUCGCUCGCUGCCGCGCGCCGCGCAGCCCCGAGCCCGGCCUCUCCCCCGGCUCGCCGCACGCGUUCAGCCCCGACGUGCCCAAGUUUGGCCGUCACCUCCUCAGGGUGACGGGCAGGAGCCUGGACGAGCCCUUCUACGAAGGCAUCUCCUCAUCGUCCACCUCCUCAUCCUCCACCUCCUCAUCCUCCUCCUCGUCUCUGGGGUCACCUCUGUUCGUCCACUCUUGACCCCCGCCCAUGCGGGCGCUCCAACAUCACCCGGCCGCCACCGCGUCAUCGCAAGAGCGCCGUCGCCGACGGAACGGACACGCCGCAUUGCAGACUCUUCUGGUGGGCGAUCAAAACUGUUCCGUGUGUUGGGCCGGAAAUUAGCGCACUUGGGGGGGGGCUGGAGGGGGGGGGGUUAAGGACAUUUCCGCCCUCAACCCCCCGCAGGGGUGCGGACGAUGGCGCCUCUACGCGCGACCAUGCGGUCCCAUCGUCCCCGGAUUGAAUUUUAGACUUUUCUCCCCAAAUCUAAUGCCUCGUCUCUGUGUUUUUUUUUUGUUUGUGGCGAAUGUAGCGGCCUCUGGUGGCCGCAGUGUGUAUGUGUGUGUGCGUGUGGCAAACCGAUUAUGAGCGACGACGCGCUUCUCCGGAUCGAGACGCCGCUCGUGACGUGGUGCCCGCAUCGUCACCGUGAGAGACGAUUUCGACCGCUGCUCUCAGAGACGCGCGCGCUGUACUGUAUACAUGCGUUACCCGGUGAACGCGCGGUGGGGCCCGGAUGUUCGUACGGGGAAAGGUUCACUUGACCGCACGCGAGACCACUUUAGACUCGUGGGUGGUUUUGUUUUAGCAUUUUAUUUUUUUAAACGGGUUUGGGAUGCUGCCUGCGUGGCGGAUUGGGGACAACUUCACGGUUCGGUUCCACCUCUGUUCUCGCGGCGGUAGGGAUUGGGUACGGCACAGUGAUGUCGAUGAGCAGGUUCGCGCGUGGUGGGGUAAAUUGUGGGUACUCCCACCUCUUCUAACGUCUCUGGCCAGUGUGGAAGAGAAGGCCAAGAGAUACCGUCUAGGAGGUGGGGGGGGAGGUGGGGGGGGGAGUGUCGGCACCCUUCACUGGAGACCCGCAAUUGCGGUGCUACGCUUUUUUUUUUAUUUUUAAAAUUUGUGGCACGGUUUCACAUUCUCCACGUCGGCCUUGUCGCCAAUCGUAGCUCGGGGCCUCCGUCGACCGCUCUGCCCGGCACGCACAAAGGCGAGCGGUGGGCGUCAGUUUCCCGGGUGACUCUAGCGGGCCGAGUUACUGCUCCACAGCGGAGGCGCUUGCGGGUCGUGCUGCUGCUUCGGAGCCCUACCCGCGCGAGUUUGCGGGUCGUCGCCGCCCUUUCGCCGCCGACGUCCGACGGUUCGCUCCUCGUGUCGCCGGGAGCUUCUUCAGGAACCGAACACUGAACGGGAACUCAAUUCGGUCGCCGAAAGAGCUCCCGGCGGGCACGCGGAACGAAACGGCGGACGCCGGCACCUCGCAAAAACGACGACAGCGCGCAGCAAGCGACACGACCCACAAACACCCACGGGAAAGUGACUCGGAGGCAACUCGCGAUUAUCCUGGGCAACGGGAGGCAGCGGUGGCCCAAGUUAAAACAAAAACCCGGAUAAAUCCGGAAACGCUCAUGUGGAUUCGGCUCCCAUCGGCUCCAGCUGUUGUUCACCCACGUGGAGCGGGGGUGGCGACGUGGAACGCUCCGCGUGUCUCCGUUGUUUCUGAGGGUGAUCGGUUUCACCUGCCGACGACUGACCCUUCGACGAGUGAGGAGCAGCAGGCUCACGAUUAUAACAAAGUGCUCCACCAGUGAGCAGCGUGCCAGAUGUUCGACUCCCCCCCCCCCCCCCCCCCCCGCGAGCACGGUUUUUAAUCCUCCACGCGGACGGUCUGCGCCGUGGGUAACCGAGCGGCAGAGGAGUGGGGGUGGUCAAGAGUCUUGUCUAUGCACGUAGGAGUAAAGCGACAGUUUAGUCCGUCUGCCCUGGCAGGCUCGCGGGCAAUAAUAUGGGCCACGCCAGCGUGGGCCGAUGUGGCGGCGUUGUACGCUGGAACCUCGCGGGUGCAGGACUGCCGCGGAGGUGUUAGCCGUUGUUGGGCUGUGCCCCUCUCUCCUCGCUGUGGUUUCGGGUUGCGCCGAUCACUACGCGUUGUUGUCCGGCGUUUUGCUCCACGUGCCGAGAGUCUUCUUCAGGAACCGAGUCGAAGAAGCUCCCGGCACGUGGUUCCGGACGUCCGUGCCGAACAGCAACAACAACACAUAGUAGUGGUGGUGGUGGUGGUGGUAGCGGCAACGCAACACGAAACGUUUGUCGUUUUUAACUUUUCCGUAGGAGGCACGAACUUCCUUCUGCUGCCACUCGGCCGGUCUGUUCUGGUGGACGAUCAGAACCGUUCCGUGUGUUGGGCCGGAAAGUAGCGCACAUGGGGGGUCAGUACCUUUCCGCCAGCGAUUCACUUUGAACCUCGCGUGUCUCUCCAACAAGGGAUGCUGAGACUACAAACGAUGAAGGGGAGGGGGGGGGGGGGUGUUUCCUAGACAAUUUAAAAGACUCGAAAACCCACGACGGCUCAUUUUCGAGAAAGGGGCAGGCCUUAGCUGAGAGCAGGCGGGUUACGUGGAUGAACUCGACCAGCUAUUAAGCUUGUCACCCGGGCGCCCGUCGCGGAGACGCGAUGGUAACUGCUGUCUGAAGGAGGUUCGGAAAUUGUUGCAACGAAGCGAGCACGUUUUGGCUUGCAUGUACGCGUGGAUUAAAUGAGUUGUUUUCAAUGUUUCUGUUCAAAUGGCGGCCCGCCUCGCUCUGUGGGAGGUGGUUCUCAAACUCGUUUCUACCAAUGUCCCGGCUACAAAUACCGCAACGCACAGGUCGCGCAUCAACGCGGUGUUUGGCAUCCGCAUCAUUUUUCGUGUUGUAUCUUGGCGCUGCUGUUCCCUGCGGAUAUUCAACAUUUCUCCUGCACGCUCUCCACGCCACAGCCUGCUCCCCCACCCCCCCCCCCAUGAUUUCUUCCCCUUUGGGGUUUGUCAUGCGGCCCAUUUUAUCUGCACGUAUCAGUUGGGUUUUUAACUUUGAUCAUAGCUACUGAUUUUUAAGUAAUUUUAUUAAACAAAACCCCAAACAACU